UUGGACGGGGGGUGAAUGUGAUGUACUAAGCAAGGAUCUUUUCUUUUGGCUUCCACUGACUCCCAGUUCUUUGGGGAAAAGGAAGAAAAUAGAAGAACUCAUCUGUUUGGAUAAAACUCCGGGAAGAUUCUUGAGAGGGAUUCUCUUCCCAUCUAACAAUGGAGAAUUCUCACACCAAGAGUGUGGAAGAAGUUUAUAGUUAUUUCAGCGUCAACGAGAGCACGGGACUGACUUUAGACCAAGUGAAACGGCAGAAAGAGAAAUGGGGUCCCAACGAGUUGCCUGCUGAGGAAGGAAAAUCUAUAUGGGAACUUGUCAUCGAGCAGUUUGAAGAUUUACUUGUGCGGAUUCUUUUAUUGGCAGCUUGUAUAUCUUUUGUAUUAGCCUGGUUCGAGGAGGGAGAUGAAACGAUCACUGCCUUUGUGGAGCCUUUUGUAAUCUUACUAAUUCUUAUAGCUAACGCCAUCGUAGGUGUUUGGCAGGAACGUAAUGCAGAAAAUGCCAUUGAAGCCCUUAAGGAGUACGAGCCAGAGAUGGGCAAGGUGUACCGUCAGGACAGGAAGACCGUCCAGAUGAUCAAAGCCAAAGACAUUGUGCCUGGAGACAUUGUGGAGGUCGCUGGAAUUCAAGCACCCACGGUGGCAUGCAACAUUAUGCUGGACCUGGUAACCAUCGCCUAUCACCACGGAGCCUUGCGGCAAGUGGCGGGGGCCCGGCAGGUGUUUGAUGGCCCCCGGCCUGUCCGCAAGGAUCCACAAAAUUCCUCUGUCUUUCAGAUGUUCGUUAUAGACAAGGCUGAGGGGGAGAACUGCUCACUGACCGAAUUCACCAUCUCUGGCUCCACAUACGCUCCUGAAGGAGACGUAUUCCUUGAUAACCGAUUAGUGAAAUGCUCCCAGUAUGACGGGUUGGUGGAGCUGGCGACCAUCUGUGCCUUGUGUAAUGAUUCCUCCCUGGAUUAUAAUGAGUCUAAAGGCGUUUAUGAGAAGGUUGGAGAAGCCACGGAGACGGCUCUGACCUGCCUGGUGGAAAAGAUGAACGUUUUUGACACUGACGUCAGCAGCCUGUCGACGAUCGAGAGAGCCAACGCCUGCAACUCAGUGAUCAAGCAGCUGAUGAAGAAGGAGUUCACCCUGGAGUUCUCCAGAGACAGGAAGUCCAUGUCUGUGUACUGUUCCCCCAACAAGGCCAAAUCCUCUACUGCUAAGAUGUUUAUCAAGGGAGCUCCAGAGGGAGUGAUCGAGAGGUGCACGUACGUGCGUGUGGGUGGAUCCAGGGUUCCCCUGACUCAAGGCAUCAAGGAUAAGAUCUUGUCUGUGAUCAGAGAGUAUGGCACUGGCCGCGAUACCCUGCGCUGCCUGGCACUGGCCACCAGCGAUAGUCCGCUGAAGAAAGAGGAGAUGAUCCUGUCAGAAACGGCCCGCUUUGCGGAGUAUGAGUCGGAUCUUACCUUCGUGGGCUGUGUGGGCAUGCUGGAUCCUCCUCGUACAGAAGUGGCCGCUUCCAUCAAGCUCUGCCGCCACGCUGGCAUCCGGGUCAUCAUGAUCACCGGCGACAACAAAGGCACGGCUGUGGCCAUCUGCAGACGCAUCGGCAUCUUCUCAGAGGACGAUGACAUCAACCGCAUGGCCUUCACUGGCCGCGAAUUUGACGACCUUUCACCUCACGCCCAGCGAGAGGCCGUCAUGACUGCCCGCUGCUUCGCACGUGUCGAGCCUUCGCACAAGUCCAAGAUUGUGGAGUUCCUGCAGGGCUUUGAUGAGAUCACAGCCAUGACAGGAGAUGGUGUGAACGAUGCCCCUGCCCUGAAGAAGGCAGAGAUUGGCAUCGCCAUGGGCUCUGGCACUGCCGUGGCCAAGACAGCCUCGGAGAUGGUCCUCGCUGAUGACAACUUUUCCACCAUUGUGGCUGCCGUUGAGGAAGGCAGAGCUAUCUACAACAACAUGAAGCAGUUCAUCCGCUACCUCAUCUCCUCCAAUGUGGGCGAGGUCGUCUGUAUCUUCCUCACCGCUGCGUUGGGUUUCCCUGAGGCCCUGAUCCCCGUCCAGCUGCUGUGGGUGAACCUGGUGACUGACGGUUUGCCCGCCACCGCUCUGGGCUUCAACCCUCCUGACCUGGACAUCAUGAACAAGCCCCCCCGCAACGCCAAGGAGCCCCUCAUCUCUGGAUGGCUCUUUUUCAGAUACCUGGCCAUCGGCUGUUAUGUGGGUGCUGCGACUGUAGGAGCUGCAGCCUGGUGGUUCAUUGCUGCUGAUGACGGUCCAAUGGUCACAUUUUACCAGCUGAGUCAUUUCCUCCAGUGUUCUCCUGAUAAUCCUGACUUCCAGGACCUGGAGUGCAACUUGUUCGAGUCUCCAUACCCCAUGACCAUGGCCCUGUCUGUGCUGGUCACCAUCGAGAUGUGUAACGCCCUCAACAGUCUGUCAGAGAAUCAGUCUCUGCUGCGCAUGCCUCCCUGGGAGAACAUCUGGCUGCUGGGAGCCAUCUGCCUCUCCAUGUCUCUUCAUUUCCUCAUCCUCUACGUGGAUCCGCUGCCGGUCAUCUUCCAGAUCACCGCUCUGAAUGUGACCCAGUGGCUGAUGGUGCUGAAGAUCUCACUGCCUGUCAUCCUCAUGGACGAGCUGCUCAAAUUCAUCGCGAGGAACUACCUGGAGCCCGGUAAAGACCUGGACCAGGAGCCCGACAAGAGAGGCUGGUCCCUCUCUGCAUGCACUGAGGGCGUCUCCUGGCCCUUCGUAGCUCUGACAAUCCCUCUAGUGGUGUGGCUGUACGGCACAGACACUAACAUAACCCAGCAGCUCUGGUCCUCCUGACCCAUCCAAGCUAACACAUGACUCCAAAUAACCAGAGAAGAAACAUUAACAAGGAACAACAGUCACCCGUUCACAUUUGCACAUGCAUUUCAGCCUGGUUUCAUUUUUUUUUUUUUUUAAGUGUAUAUAUAAUGUUUAUCCUCAUAUAUGGCAUAUUGUUGUCGGAGAAUAGUAUGUUCCUUUUUUUAUCAUUCCAUUUUAAGCACUUUUUUUUUUUUUCUUAUGAAAG